AUGGUUCCAAAGUCGCCCGCCCUGGGCCGCACCUGCUCCGCGGGCCUCGCAUUCCUUUCCCACCACACGGCGUGCGUCGGCCCCAGUCCCCCGCGAUGGGCAUCGUCCAUUGGCGGCCCGGGCAGCGGGGACGCCAGAGAGGGUGUUGACGUCCUGCUUUCUUCCCUCCAGGCUUCGCGCCUGCAGGCGGAUGCUCGCCAGAGUGCGAGCUACGGGGCCUCAAUAGAAGUGGCGCCCAGCAAUUGGGCCCUGAUUGAGCAUUGGCGGGCAUUCAAUUCGCCAAUCUCGCUGUCGUCGCUGCCGCCAUUUUGGACGCCGUCGCGGCUGGGCCGCGCACAGACGGGGCUUAUGAAUUGUUUUGAGCGCCCGACGUCAUUCAGAGUGAGGGAAGCUGGCCCAUCCUCGCCGCCGGCCGGACCUCUGUGUGGUGGCCGCGGCGCCCGGCGAUUUGGCUUUUUCAGGGGUCAGGCUGUGAUGGCGGCCGCAGAGGCAAAAGAGGUGGAUCCCCCAGACCCAACAGCGCAGGGUCAAGCUGUGAUGGCAACCGUAGAGGCAAAAGAGGACCUAGAUCCCCGCCUUCGGCGCAGCAUGGCGAUCAACAAGAAGAUCACGAGCAUUUACAAACGAUGCAUGUUCAAGGUUCUGAAGUUGAGGGACUUCAGGAGGCACGAUUCGCCGGAGGGCCGGGAGCGCGUGGGGGCAAUGGUGUCGUCCUUCGAAGAGCUGCUCCAGGAGAACCGGGAGGUCUUGGACAGCGUCAACCUGAUGACCAUGUUCCACAGGUUCUCCAUCGUCAGCACAUUGUUCCCAACGUCCGAGUGGAUGUGCCGCCAGCACGGUGAUUUUCUGGGUGCGCUGCUGGGCCUGGCGUCCACCCAGUUGGACAAAAUGGAGACGCACCACAUGGGCAACUUCAUGCUGGCAUUGAAGCACCUGAUGCCGCACCUAAGGGGCGUUGAGAUACCGGUGCCACUCUGGAGGAGGUGGUGA